AUGGCCCCUCGACAGCAGGAGAGCUUUGGCUCUGUAGGCGAGCUCGACACAGAGGUUAUCUCUGAGCUAAGAGACAGGUUAACUGAGGCGGCCAUCAAGUGCUCGGAAAGAUGCUUAUACCAGUCGUCGAAAUGGGCAGCCGAGAUGCUGGAUUCUCUCCCUGAAGCAGACUACACAGAUGGCGACUCCCAGAUGCACGACAUGCCCAGUGCGCAAUCCUUAUACCGCAGUUUGACAACCAGUUACGAUGACCCCGAAGAGGCGGCGCUGGAGGCUAAAGAAGCACCCAAAUACCUGCUUGCCAAAGCCUUCUUUGACACCAAAGAGUUUGAUAGAUGUGCCGCCGUAUUCCUACCCCCAGCCAUACCAGCUGGAGGACUGGCGAUAUUCGACAAACCGAAAGGACGGACACCUACAUCCACGCCCUCCAGAGGAAAAGGCAAGUCGAAACACAACGAUACAGCCACAGUGAACCCAUUUCCCAAAAUCAGCCAGAAAUCACUCUUCCUUGCUCUCUAUGCGCGAUAUCUCGCCGGAGAGAAGCGGAAGGACGAAGAGAGCGAGAUGGUCUUGGGCCCCGCGGAUAACGGACAGACAGUCAAUCGAGAACUAGCCGCCCUGGCAAGAGGACUGGAAGCGUACUUUGGUGCCCGGGACGCUGCGGAUCCACAACUCAAGCGCUCUCAAGGCUGGCUAGAGUACCUCUACGGCAUCAUCCUGUCCAAGUCGAGACAAGAACAACUAGCCCAGCAAUGGCUCCUUCGCUCUGUCCGAGUCAAUCCCUACCACUGGGGCGCAUGGGAAGAGCUAGCCUCCCUCCUCUCCUCCAUCGAUGACCUGAACGCCCAGCUCUCCCCGUCUGUCCUCCCUCAAAACCUCAUGAGUAUCAUGUACCAGGCAUACGCGAGUGUUGACCUCUUUUCCACAAGCGACCAAUACACCACCUUGAAUUACCUCCGCACCCUGCUCAACUAUUUCCCCCGGUCGACCUUCCUGCUCACCCAGCUCGCUCUGAGCCACUACCACGCGAAGGAAUACGAAUCCUCAGCCGCCAUAUUUCAAGACCUCCUUGUUACCCAUCCCCACCGCCUCGACGGGCUAGACCACUAUUCUAACAUUCUCUACGUCAUGGCCGACCGCCCUCGCCUCGCUUUCCUCGCCCAUCUCGCCACCUCGGUCGACAAGUUCCGUCCAGAAACAUGCUGCGUUGUAGGAAACUAUUACUCACUGUGCUCGCAGCACGAAAAAGCAGUCAUGUACUUCCGCCGGGCCCUGACCUUGGACAGGAGCUUUCUCUCCGCAUGGACACUGAUGGGUCAUGAGUACAUUGAGCUGAAAAACACCCACGCCGCGAUUGAAAGCUAUCGGCGCGCCGUGGAUGUCAACCGAAAGGAUUAUCGCGCUUGGUACGGCUUGGGCCAGGCUUACGAAGUCCUCGACAUGGGUUUCUACGCACUGUACUACUACCAGCGUGCUGCGGGGCUAAGACCCUACGAUCCGAAGAUGUGGCAGGCCGUCGGCACCUGCUAUGCGAAGAUGGAGAGGCUCGAUCAGGCAAUCAAGGCAUUGAAACGGGCUCUGGUUGCGGGCACCUAUUUCGAAGAGUCAAAUUCCGUGCAGUCGAGUUUCAACGCAAACGCCAGUGUGAGCAGCAAUGUGGCUCCCAGUGCCUCACGCGGAAAGUCGACGCCAAAGACGAAAUCGCAACAGCAGCAGCAGCAGGCUGGUCGGAAACUUCUCGAUCCCGAGACGCUAUAUCAGAUUGCCAGUCUGUAUGAGCGACUUGGUCCCGAGGGCGAGGCUGAAGCGGUUCGAUACAUGGAGCUAUGCGUCGCGCAGGAGACAGGGGGGAGUCACAAGUCGGUCUUGAAGGCAGAGAAAGCGUUCAAGAAGCGCCAGAGGAAGGAAGCGAGGCGUAAUGCUGCUGCCGAAGAGCGAAGAGCGAGACUUUCCGAAAUGCGUGCCGGGGAGGCUGCGAACAUGGAGGUUGAUGAUGCAGAAGGUGACGCUGGAGGUGACGAUGAUACCGAGGUGCUAUCAUCUUCUCCCUCGCCGGAAGACUCCGCGUCGCAAGGUUCUGACAACGAAGAUGAAGGUGCUGGGCCAGAAGACGGCUUUGGGACAGGUACAACGGCUACGACCUCAAAGGCGAGGUUGUGGCUUGCGAGAUACUCUGUCAAGAUUGGUGAUCUGGAACGCGCAGAGCGGCUGGCGGAGGAGCUAUGCAUGGACGGCUACGAGGUUGAGGAGGCAAAGGGCUUGGUCAGAGAGGUCAGAGGUAGGAGAGACCCUGAAGGCGGUAUAGGCAUGACCUCGGGGUCACUGCAGAGUGAGCUUUGA